AUGGUCUCUGUGUAUGAAAAUGUAGGAAAGCGACCAGUAGAUAUUAGAAGAAUGAUGAAUUUUCAGAGUAUGUUAUCUAAUUGUGCUCUGUUGGAUUUGAAUUACGCUAGUGCUCAUUACACGUGGUGCAACCAAAGACUAGGUGAGGAUCAUGUGAAAGAAAGGAUUGACAAGGCAGUGGGGAAUGUGGAAUUCAGAGAGGCUUUUCAAUUGGCUUUGGUGAUGCAUGUAGAGCCAGUGGGUUCAGACCACCAUAUUCUUGCUGUUGAUUGUGAGUUCAAGCAUGCUCGGACCCAGAGAUCCUUCAAGGUUGAAGCAGUAUGGCUUGAGCAUGAGGAUUACUUGCAAACAGUUGAAAAAGGUUGGCUACAGUGUAAUGUUUUGGGAAGAGAUAAGGUGGAGGAAUUGGUAUGCAGACUUGAAAACUAUAAGAGAGUCCUCUCUGAAUAG